AUUCGCAAUCCUGCCCCUAAUUUGCUUGACAUGGCGGAAAAGACUCCUGAAAUGUUGUCAUCUCGCCUCGAGCACGUUUCAAAUAAUGUCGAUGUGCUGUUGAACGUGGACGGCUGGUUCAGGAAAAUGAGCGCCAGCAAAGCCUGUGGGCGACGUGGAAAUUACACUCAAGAUCAAUUUCAAUGUGUAUGUACACUUGAUCCAUCCCAGAAAAAAAAAAACAUUGCUCUGGCAAUCUUCUACAGUAAGGUGGCUUUUGGUGCUGGGCUGAUGUUCGGAUACGACACCAUUUCUAAUGGCUUAACCAUUGCCAUGCCGUCAUUCAUUUUCCAGUUCAGUGCUCACGACACAUGGCCUCUACCUAGCUUCUUUAUGGACCUCUCUUUGGGCGUCUAUGUACUAUGCCAGGCAUUUGGAGCCGUCACUGUGGGCAUGGUUGCCGAUAUUGCUGGACUGAUUUCCAUGGUAGGAACCAUUUCUUCAAGCCAAAGAAGAGACUAGUUAUUUCAUCUAUCUUCUUAAAU